UAUGACAAUGAUCCUCGAAAAUUAUUUUCCCGCGAAAAGGCCAUUCCACUUCCACAAACCCCUUCCACGGGAGAUUUUGCCGUUCUCCGCCGCAACAUAAGUCGAAGGAUUAUGGAACGCUUCCAGAGUAUCAGCUGGCAUAAGAAGCUUUUAAUCAUGCUUAGUUGGCUGGAGAACUAUUCCUAAAGGUCAUGUUUGAUGUAUCUCGCAUGAUAAUUCUUGUUAUUUGCCUCGAUCAACUGUCUGGGAGGGAAAUUGGAAAUGCAGUUCAGAAAAUAGGUAACAGGGAAGGAGGAGGAUGGUAUGGCCCUCACAUGGCCGCAGCCUCUCGUGCAGUCACUGAUCGGGUCCCAUUGGUUGAUCUUGUCCUUGAAAUUAGAGAUGCUAGGAUUCCAUUUUCAUCAGCAUUUGAGCAAUUGAGGAACUAUCCCUUUUCAUCUAGGCGAAUCUUAGUCCUCAACAAAAUGGACCUUGCCAAUCAUUCUCAAUUAAAGGAGUUGACAAACUAUUUCAAAGAGCGGAACUGCAUUUCUUUUUGUGUCAAUUCCCAUAACAGGGAUAAUGUUAAAGAGUUUCUGAACUUUUUACAAGCUCAAGCCAGGAAAUUGAAGAAAACUGAUCUUUUAAGUCAUACCAUAACGGUAAUGCUAGUUGGGAUUCCUAAUGUUGGUAAGUCGGCUCUUGUCAAAGCAUUGCAUCACAUUGGAAGGAUUAGUGCUGAAGAGAAGGGAAAGCUCAAGCAUGUAAUGGUGACUCCACAGCCAGGAGAGACAAGAGACAUUAACAGCUUCAAGAUUGCUAGCCAUCCCAAUAUUUAUGUGUUGGACACCCCUGGUAUUUUGCCUCCUGCAAUCCAGGACAUUGAGGUUUGCUCCAAGCUGGCUUUAACAGGAGCUAUUAGGGACUCUUUUGUUGGGGAAAAGAAACUUGCUGAAUAUUUUCUGGCAAUUCUUAACUCCAGUGAUGAAUACAAGAAGUGGGCAAAAUUUUCCACCUAUGAGAAUGACAGAUCUGUCUUGCAGCACAGUGUGGGGCAUUCAGCUAGCUCUCAGUUGGAGACAAAAAAGAGAAGGCAAUACCCCACAGAUCACACGCAGGAUUUUGUUGUUCAGAAAGUUCGGCAGACUCUCUUUGAGGUAACUUCAUGUUUCGAUGGAAACGUGGAACAAGGGAAGGAUAUGUUAAAGCUUAUUGAUAUACAAUUCAAAGCUUUGAAGGAAGCUUUCCAGAUUCCAGAGGAUUUAAGUGAGGUUGCUGACACUAAAGUUGCUUCUAAGUUGCUUAAUCUUUAUCGUACUGGGAGGCUUGGACAUUUUACUUUAGAUCCUGUUCCAAGGAGAACCUCAAAUGAUAGUCAGUAAGGGAGUCUUCAUUUUCGGUGCCUUUUUUUUCCUGCUUAUUUAGGCUGUUAUCCCUCUUCCAUCGCUAGAAAAGUUACAUGUUUUAUAGGAAUUUGCCUGUAUUUAUUUAUUUUUACAAAUAUAUAUUUGGUGUUCACAUUUUUGUAUUUGUAUUUGAUGGGGAGAACUACCAUUUUCAAUUCGAUUUUUGCUCAA